ACCAUUACAUUACCAUGCAGUUUGCUAAGCCAACUUCACGUAUAUAAAAACGUCACGUAUGAGAGUGGACAAAUCAAUUAAUAAAAAUCGGUUAUCGUGACUGAAACGGCUCGCUUGCGACUGGUUUUGCGAACCGCGCUCGACUUUACAAGUGAAAUUAAGAUACGAUGUCGGCUAAGGCGAUUAGAGAGGCGACCGGCAAGGACCUCAUCAACAGGCACCUGCCCGAGGGCACCGCGACGAGCAAGUGCAGGUUCGCGUCCGUCGGCCCCGAGACCAAAAUCGACGACCUCGUCGACACGCACCCGUGGCUCAGGACGGAGAAGCUCGUCGUCAAACCGGACCAGCUCAUUAAGAGACGUGGAAAAUUGGGACUGAUUGCGGUCAACAAAGAUUUCGCCGAGGUCCAAAAAUGGAUUGGCGCUCACAUGAACAAGGACCAAAAGAUCGGGGCGGCCGUCGGGAAGCUUCGCAAUUUCAUCAUCGAACCGUUCGUCCCCCACAAGGAGAGCGAGGAGGUCUACGUUUGCAUUUACUCGCAUCGACACGCCGACACGAUCCUCUUCCAUCACGAGGGAGGCGUCGAUAUUGGCGACGUUGACGCCAAAGCCGUCAAGUUGGACAUACCGGUCAACGAGGGAGUCGAUAUUGCCACCAUCGAAAAGGUGCUGCUCGGCAAGGUGGGCGCCACGAAACGGGCGAUGAUCGCCAAGUUCAUUCACAAUCUCUACACGCUCUACGUCGACCUGUACUUCACCUACCUCGAAAUUAAUCCACUCGUCGUGACCGACAGGGAGAUCUACGUCCUGGACUUAGCCGCCAAGCUCGACGCGACCGCGGACUUUAUAUGCAAGCCGAUUUGGGGCGAAAUCGACUAUCCUCCUCCCUUCGGACGCGACGCCUACCCCGAAGAGGCGUACAUAGCCGACCUCGACGCGAAAUCCGGCGCGAGCUUGAAGCUGACCAUCUUGAACAAGUCAGGCCGAAUAUGGACGAUGGUCGCCGGCGGCGGCGCCUCCGUCAUCUACAGUGACACAAUCUGCGAUCUGGGGGGCGCGAGCGAGCUGGCGAACUACGGCGAAUAUUCCGGUGCCCCCUCCGAACAGCAGACCUACGAGUACGCGAAGACGAUUUUAUCCCUCAUGACGCAAGAGAAGCACCCCGACGGAAAGGUUUUAAUAACGGGCGGUGGUAUCGCCAACUUCACGAACGUCGCGGCCACCUUCAGGGGCAUCAUUACCGCCCUGCAGGAGUUCCAGCCGAGACUCGUCGAGCACAAAAUCUCGAUCUUCGUGCGGAGAGCGGGCCCCAAUUACCAGGAGGGUCUCAGGAGGAUGCGCGAGGUCGGGCAGAGCUUAGGUAUUCCUUUGUACGUUUUCGGUCCGGAAACGCACAUGACGUCCAUUUGCGGUAUGGCACUUGGCAAAAAACCAAUACCCGUCGAAAAUAACAUCACCGAAUUUGCGACUGCGAACUUCCUACUGCCAGGCGGACAGACAGACAAGGUUCCCGCGUUCGACAUGACCGGAACGACGUCCACCUACCUGUGCGAUCGCCGAACUGAGGUAAGUGCGCGAUCGGGCUUGUUUUUUUUUUUUUUGAUUUGGUGAUUGGUUCUUCAUUCACGCUUGCGUUUUAUUUCGUUUGGUGUCAUUGCUUAGGCUUUGCAAGAAAGUGAGCACUAAGAUAACCACUAAUAUUGGCCGACCGACUGAAAGUAAGGCGAAGACAGUGUUCAGGUAAGCACUUCUGGGCGAGUAACAUCAUGGGGGCAUUUUUCAAGCCGAAAGGCAUCCUUGAAAUACUCAUGCGCGAUUAAAACUGUUUUUG